AUGGAAGAAGAAACAGAUAACAACAACAAAUGCACACCAAAAACAAAGAGUUUAACAGCAACAACAACAACACAUAACCCUCAACACCAACACCAACACCACUAUCAUCACCUUCAUUUCCAUCCACACUAUCUCUUCCAGCAUCAUUCCAACACAAAUUUUGGGUUUUUCAAUCAAAAUCUCUACCACCCAUCUUCUUCCCCUCCUCUUCUUCCUCUGCCUCCACCUCAUUCAGCCAUAUCUCCUCUUCCUCUGCUUGGAUUCAGACCAAAACCCCAUUUGCACAAACCUCCAUGGAAGCAAAAUCAUCACCAUCAUCAUCAAACAGCUUUAGAGAUGAUUCCAAGAGCAAUUAACUCAUCAAUGGGAGCAAAAAGAGAUGAAUUUCAGCCGGUUAGGGAUUUACCACCACCAGCGCCACCGUUGAAGGUGGCAAGACGGCCGGAUUCCGGUGGCUCAGAUGGAACAGUUAUCUCACUUUUAGCCAAUCAUUUCCUCGUUAAAUUCAACCCUUUACAGCAAAUUUACCACUACGAUGUUGAAAUCUCUCCAAAACCUUCGAAAGACGUCGCUAGAUUGAUCAAGAAUAAACUUGUAGAAGAAAAUUCCGCCAUUUUUUCCGGCGGAAAUCCAAGCUUUGAUGGCCGGAGAAAUCUUUUUAGCCCAAUUAAGUUUCAGAAAGAUAGACUUGAACUCUACAUUAACCUCCCACUUCCAAUUCCCAACUCUCUGAUUACUCCAAAUUUAGAAGAUAAUACCGAAAAACUGAAGCUUUUUAGGGUAAGCAUCAAGAUUGUAUCGAAACUCGAUGGCGGAGAACUGAGUAAAUACUUGAGAAACGACACCGAUGAAUCGAUCCCGCUUCCGCAAGACUAUCUUCAAGCAUUAGAUGUCGUUCUUCGCGAAAACCCGUUAUCGGAAUGCACUCCGUUAGGGCGGUCGCUUUACUCGACCUCCAUGGGAGGAGCUAAAGAUAUAGGAGGAGGAGCAAUUGGACUUAGAGGGUUUUUCCAAAGUCUUAGACCUACAAAACAAGGACUUGCCCUCAAUGUCGACUUAACGGUCACCGCGUUUCACGAGAGCAUUGGCGUAAUCCCGUAUUUACAGAAACGUCUUUCGUUUCUGAACGAUCUUUCCGAGAGGAAAACACGAGGGUUGACAGGUGAAGAGAAGAAAGAGGUCGAAAAGGCGUUGAAGAACGUAAAAGUGUUUGUUUGUCACCGGGAGACCGUGCAACGAUAUAAAGUUCACAGCUUGACGGAUGAAUCUACGGAGAAUCUUUGGUUUCGAGAUCGAAACGGGAAUAAUUUGUGGGUUUUGAAUUACUUCAAAGAACAGUAUAACUACAAGAUUCAGUACAGGAACUUGCCGUGUUUGCAGACUAGUCGAAGACGGCCAUGUUAUCUUCCGAUGGAGCUUUGUGUGGUUUGCGAAGGCCAGAAGUUUCUCGGGAAACUUUCCGAUGAUCAAACCGCGAAAAUACUCAAAUUGGGUUGCCAAAAACCGCGAGAAAGGAAGGCGAUCAUCGACGGAGUCAUGGCUGGACCCUUCGGUCCAUCAAGCGCACACCAAGCCCGCGAAUUCAAUCUCCGUGUUUUGACGGAGAUGACAAAGUUGAACGGCCGUGUUCUUCAGCCACCAAAGCUUAAGCUCGGAGAUGGUGGUGAAGUGACGGAUCUGAUACCUUCACGCCAUGAUCGGCAAUGGAACUUUUCCGGUAGCCAGGUUUUCGAAGGGAGCCGAAUCGGGAGAUGGGCUCUCGUUAGUUUUGGAGGAACCACCGCGCAGAAAUCGAUCAUCCCGAAAUUCAUCGAUCAAUUAACUCAAAGAUGUGAGCAAUUAGGGAUUUUUCUUAACAAGAACACAGUCAUAAGGCCACAGUUUGAAUCAAUGCAAGUUCUUAACAAUGUGAAUCUUCUUGAAUCAAAGCUCAAAAAGAUCCAAAGAUCUGCAUCUAAUAAUCUGCAGCUUUUGAUUUGUGUGAUGGAAAAGAAACACAAAGGUUAUGCAGAUUUGAAGCGGAUAAGCGAAACCAGCAUCGGGGUUAUGAGCCAGUGUUGUUUGUAUCAAAAUCUUGCGAGAUUAAGCUCGCAGUUUCUCGCGAAUUUGGCAAUCAAGAUCAAUGCCAAGAUCGGUGGGUGCACCGUGGCUCUGUACACGUCGUUGCCAGCUCAGAUCCCGCGGCUUCUGACCCUCGAUGAGCCGGUGAUGUUUAUGGGUGCGGAUGUAACACACCCGCACCCACUUGACGAUUUCAGCCCGUCGGUGGCGGCUGUGGUCGGGUCGGUGAACUGGCCGGCAGCUAACAAGUACGUUUCCAAAAUGCGAUCUCAGACUCACCGGCAAGAAAUUAUUCAAGACUUGAGUAUAAUGGUGGAAGAGAUACUACAUGAUUUCGUCCGGGAGCUUUCGAAGCUGCCGAAACGAGUGAUUUUCUUUCGGGAUGGCGUGAGUGAGACGCAGUUUCAUAAGGUGCUUCGUGACGAAUUGCAAGCGAUUCGGGAUGCAUUUUCGCGUUUCACCGGCUACAACCCGCCGAUCACGUUUGCCGUGGUCCAGAAACGGCACCACACACGGCUGUUCCCUGCGGACCCGGUAUCUGGUGCUGCCCGAAACCAGUUUUCCGACGAGAACGUGCCGCCAGGCACGGUGGUUGACUCGGUCAUCACCCACCCGAAAGAAUUCGAUUUCUAUCUAUGCAGCCAUUGGGGUGUAAAGGGUACAAGCCGGCCGACUCAUUAUCACGUUUUAUGGGAUGAGAAUGGGUUCACUUCCGAUGAACUCGAGAAACUGGUUUACAAUCUUUGCUUCACUUUUGUAAGGUGCACCAAGCCUGUUUCAUUGGUGCCACCAUGUUAUUAUGCUCAUUUGGCCGCUUAUCGAGGCCGGCUGUACCUUGAUCGGACCGGUGGUUCGUCGGGGCUCACGAGAUGUGGCCCACCGAAAACCAUCCCGCUCCCGAAAGUACGUGAGAGUGUUAAGAAUCUUAUGUUUUAUUGUUGA